AUCAAAAUCAGUAACCCAUAAUCCAUUUUGGCAACAUGUAUUGUCUCUAGCUUCACGUAUGCUAGCUUCCUCCAUGCCCGUGAAUAUUUAUAUUUACAUACCUGUAAGCAGAGUGUAGAGUGUCACGUUUAGUUUUUAUCUGAGCAUAGCCAUGUCCCGGUUGUUAAGCUUGUCCCCGGCGGUUAUUUGCUCCAGGUGUAAACACUGUCCUCAGAACAGCGGCUCUUUCUCCUGGUGGUCUGCGGCUCGUGUGAAGCAGGAGAGUCAGCUGCUCGCUGGAAGAGUGCCACAGCACAGGACCCUGACGCUAACACGGAGGACUUUCCACUCUAAUAAUGGUGGAAAACGACAUUUUUGGGCACUGGGCAUCGGGACAGGGUUUCUGUUAGCUCUGGGGCUGAAGUAUCACGUUUAUAGUCGUGAGCGUUGUGAGUGUGAGAAAUCGGUAAACUUUCACAGUAGCUCCAAAUACAGGGCGGCCAUAGAAACCAGCCGCGACCUCCUCCAGCGGAUAAAGGUACAGGAUGAAGUUGGAGCUCCUGGCAUACUCAUUGGAGUUUCUGUAGAUGGCACUCAAGUGUGGGGUGAUGGCUUAGGGUAUGCUGAUUUGGAGAACAGAGUACCCUGUGGUGUGGGCACUGUGAUGAGGAUUGCCAGCGUCAGUAAAUCUCUGACUGCAACUGCUGUUGCUCGAGUGUGGGAAGACGGCAGGCUGGAUCUAGACGCUCCCGUCCAAAAAUAUGUGCCCGAAUUCCCUGAAAAACAGUUUGAGGGAAAGAAUGUCACAAUAACUCCACGACUGCUGCUGUCUCACCUGAGUGGUAUCCGUCACUAUGAAAAAGAUCCCAAGAAAGUGAGAGAAGAGAAAGAGAAAGCAAAACGUCUACUGAAGCCUCCAGAGAAAAAAGAGAAAAAAGAAGAAAAAGGUUCUGGUGAGACCGAAGAAAAACCCACACAGCAGGACGACAGAAUGAAAAGCAAAGAUGGAAAGCAUGGCAAAAAGAAGAAAGAGUUUGAGCAUGGGGAGUACUACCUGAAAGACAGCUUCGAGGGCGUUGUCCAGGCCUUAGACCUGUUCAAGGAUGAUCCACUUAUUUUCGAGCCAGGCACUACAUUCUUAUACUCUACUCAUGCGUUCACCCUGCUGAGUGCUGUUCUGGAGCGAGCAGCAGGUCAGCGCUUCCUGGACCUCAUGAUGAACAUGUUCCGCGAAUUGGGCAUGCUCAACACUGUGGCAGACGAGAACGACCCCAUUAUCUACAACAGAUCCAGGUAUUACCAUUGCAAUAAAAAGGGGCGCAUUGUGAACUGCCCCUAUGUGGACAACUCUUAUAAGUGGGCUGGAGGAGGCUUUCUGUCCACAGUUGGUGAUCUGCUGCUUUUUGGCAAUGCCAUGCUCUAUAGCUAUCAGCUAGUGGACAUGACUGACACGAGCGGCCUCCUGCCAGGCUUCCUCAAACCCCACACAGCUAAAGCUCUGUGGGCUCCUGUGGAUAAAACUGAGGCUUCAUGGGAUAAAGAUGGCCGAUAUGCUCAGGGCUGGCUGGUGGUGGAGAAGCAGCAGAAGUACGGGCAGUGUCGCAUGCGCAGGCACUACGUCUCACACACGGGAGGCGCUGUAGGUGCGAGCAGUGUAUUACUGGUGUUACCCAGUGACAGUCUAAAGACUCCAGGACAGAGAAUGACUCCUCCUCAGGGGGUUGUAGUGGCCAUCAUGACAAAUAUGCAGUCUGUAGGACUCAAUAGCACUGCACUGAAGAUUGCACAUGAGUUUGAGAAAGCCAGAGACAGCUAAAGUGGGAGUAGUACAUGUCAGGGUAUGAUUUAUGUGAUUCAUAUGUGUCUUUUAUAGAUUUCAUAUCAUAAUGCGUGAUACUGUGUACUUUGUUUACAGUGUGGAGAUAUGAAUGUGAGUGAACUGCACACACACAGUGUACAGUGUAAAUCACACUUUGCAUUUCUUUAUAUUGUGAGACCGAUUUUAGUAUCUUUUUAUGUGAAUUGCACAGUAUAUUGUAUAAAUAAAUAAUUGCAAAUUUUGCCUUA